AAUUCCUUCCAAAUUCCAAAUUUCCAAUGGCAUCUCUUGGAUUUAGCCCUUUCUCAACUUGUACAGAACUAUCUCUGCCGAACGUCAGAUUCUUCCGGUGCCGGAAGCCUCUGUUUGUCAAAUGCUCUACCGGAGACAUUUCUUCGCCGUCGUUAGCCGAUGGCUCUGACUUCGAUGCUAAAGUUUUCCGGCAUAAUUUGACUAGAAGCGACAACUACAACCGGAAAGGGUUCGGGCAUAAAAAGGAGACUCUUGAGCUCAUGAAUCAAGAGUAUACAAGUGACAUCAUAAAGACGCUGAAGGAGAACAAUUUUGUAUACACAUGGGGAAAUGUUACUGUGAAGCUUGCAGAAUCUUAUGGCUUUUGCUGGGGUGUUGAGCGUGCAGUUCAGAUAGCUUAUGAAGCAAGAAAACAGUUCCCUGAUGAGAAGAUUUGGAUCACAAACGAAAUUAUCCACAAUCCUACUGUUAAUAAGAGGCUAGAGGAGAUGGAGGUUAAAGACAUUCCCAUUAAAGAUGGAGAGAAACAGUUUGAUGUGAUUAAUAAGGGAGAUGUUGUGGUUUUGCCUGCUUUCGGGGCUGCAGUCAAUGAGAUGUUGACUUUGAGUAAUAAACAAGUUCAAAUAGUAGAUACAACAUGUCCAUGGGUAUCUAAGGUAUGGAAUAGUGUUGAAAAGCACAAGAAAGGGGAUUAUACUUCUAUAAUUCAUGGGAAAUAUUCUCAUGAAGAGACUGUAGCAACAGCAUCUUUUGCAGGAAAGUAUGUCAUUGUGAAGAAUAUGGAUGAGGCAAAAUAUGUGUGUGAUUACAUUCUUGGUGGUGAACUUAAUGGAUCUAGCUCAACCAAAGAAGCUUUUCUUGAGAAAUUCAAAUAUGCAAUUUCUAAGGAUUUUAAUCCAGAUAUGGAUCUUGUGAAAGCUGGUGUAGCAAACCAAACUACAAUGCUCAAAGGAGAAACCGAGGAGAUUGGGAAAUUAGUAGAGACUACAAUGAUGCGUAAAUUUGGAGUAGAAAAUGUCAACAAACACUUCAUAAGUUUCAACACUAUUUGUGAUGCUACUCAAGAGAGACAAGAUGCAAUGUAUAAAUUAGUGGAUGAAAAGUUGGAUGUUAUGUUGGUAGUUGGUGGAUGGAAUUCAAGCAACACUUCACACCUACAAGAGAUUGCAGAGGAUCGUGGCAUUCCAUCUUAUUGGGUCGAUAGUGAACAAAGAGUGGGACCCGGAAACAACAUAACUUAUAAAUUAAUGCAUGGUGAGUUGGUUGAGAAGGAAAAUUGGCUACCAAAAGGGCAUGUAACAAUUGGUGUCACGUCUGGUGCAUCUACUCCUGAUAAGGUUGUUGAAGAUGUUCUAAUGAGGGUCUUUGAGAUAAAACGUGAAGAAUCACUACAAGUGGCAUAGAUUAGGGUUUGUUGUUUUUAACAAGAGAAAGAAUUGAAGAGUUAAAUAUUAACAUUCGGUCAUUUAUUGUAUCAAUGUGUACCUCUAUACAAUUACAUAACGUCUUAUUUGUAUCAUAAUAUCCUGUUGUAGUAACUAGUAAAAUCAUGUUAAACAAA